UUCCGCUACUGUAAUAUUACAAAAGCUUCUCUCCACGGCGGCGCCACCAUUUUCAUCUGGAAUUCCGAUUAGCUUGAACUGGUGAGCGGCGAGCAUCUCUCUCUCACAAACACACACACACACGAACACGCGACGACGACGAUAGUCUUAUAAAUGAAAGCAAGCAGAUUCUAAAUCGGUAAAAGAAGAAUACUAUUAUGUCUGCAAUAAUUCGAUGGACCAGAAAGUUCAGAUUCAUGUCGGUUAAAAUCGCAUCCUUUAACCUGUCUUCCUCAUCAUACCAUCACUUGUCCUUCAUCCCUCCACUUGACAACCCAGCAAACCAACUGCGGCGCCGUCGGUCCGCCGUCUUAAUAGGGUUUCAAGAAAGGUACAAAUGGGAUGGAACCUCCGAUGAUUUUGAUCCAAUUCGCGCCGAGGUGAACUGUCCUCGUUGCUCAAAAUCUAUGCACGCAAUCUUCUCUACCCGACCGCUUACAAUCACCGGUGGUGAAACCGGUAUCUACCAAGCCCUCAAUGUAUGUCCCCAUUGUAGAACAGCAUUCUAUUUCAGACCCAUUAAGCUGGAACCUUUACAGGGAAAUUUUAUUGAGAUUGGUAGAGUUAAGAAUAGUGAAAAUAAAUCGGAUUUUACUAGUUAUGAUGAUGAAAAUGGUAGAACUGGUUCUAAAAUUUGGGAGAAGUUGAGAUCAUAUGGAAGUGAUGCCACAGACAGCACAACUGAAGAGAGAAAAGGUGGGAGUGAAGCCCAAAUGCCUAUUAGUGAGACUAUUCUCUUGCAAAAGGAUGCUGGUGAAAGUAGAAAUAGUGGUGGAGGAUGCUCUGAAGAGGUGAAUGGAUGGGGUGGGGCAAAUUUGGGCAUUGAUCUACCAACACCUAAGGAGAUUUGUAGACGGCUUGACGAUUUUGUUAUAGGGCAAGAAAAGGCUAAAAAGGUUCUAUCUAUUGCUGUUCAUAAUCACUACAAAAGGAUAUGCUAUAGCAACCUGAACAAGCUGUCUGACAUAGCAUCGAUUAAAAGUGAACCUGACGAUGACGAUGGUGAUUUUGUAGAGCUUGAGAAAAGCAACGUGUUACUGCUGGGUCCUACUGGCUCAGGGAAAACGUUACUUGCCAAAACAUUGGCUCGUGUGGUAAAUGUACCUUUUGUCAUUGCAGAUGCUACAGCUCUAACUCAGGCGGGAUAUGUUGGAGAGGAUGUAGAAUCAAUCUUGUACAAACUGCUAAUGGCUGCUGAUUUCAAUGUGGAAGCAGCUCAACAAGGAAUAGUGUACAUUGACGAGAUUGAUAAGAUCACCAAAAAGGCUGAGAGCUUAAACAUUGGCAGAGAUGUAUCAGGGGAAGGUGUUCAACAAGCAUUGCUCAAAAUGGUUGAAGGAACUAUUGUGAAUGUCCCUGAUAACAGAGCUAGGAAGCAACCUCGUGGAGAUUGCAUACCAAUAGAUACAAAAGACAUUCUUUUUAUAUGCGGUGGAGCAUUUGUUGGUUUAGAAAGGACAAUUUCAGAAAGACGAGAAGAUUCUUCCAUUGGUUUUGGGGCUCCAGUUCGUGCCAAUAUGAGACUUGGUAGAGGGGAAUUAACUAAUGCUACUGUAGCUUCCUCAUUGUUAGAAUCUGUUGAAAGUAGCGACCUUGUUGCAUUUGGCUUGAUACCUGAAUUUGUUGGUCGGUUUCCUAUUUUAGUGAGUCUAUCCGCUCUAAAUGAGGACCAACUUGUUGAGGUUCUGAUGCAGCCUAAAAAUGCACUUGGGAAGCAGUAUAAAAAGAUGUUCAGCAUGAAUGAAGUAAAUUUAUACUUUACCGAGAGUGCACUUAGAUUAAUUGCAAAGAAAGCGAUGGCGAAGAACACUGGUGCACGUGGUUUAAGAUCAAUUUUAGAGAAUCUUCUUACUGAUGCUAUGUUUGAGGUACCAUCAUCAAGAGAUGCAAAGUGUUCAGUGGGAGGAGAAAGAAUAGAUGCAGUAAUGGUUGAUGAAGAAGCUGUUGGAACAGUAGACAGCCCCGGAUGUGGAGCCAAAAUACUCCGAUCGAGAGGAGAAGAAGAUGAUCAUCCCAAUUCGCAGGAAGGAAUUGGGGCAGGAGAAGGUGAAAUCAGUUCAGGAGCCAUGAGCAUAUGAUAUGAUGAUUUUCUCUUUGUUUCUUUCUAACAUGAUGAACAUAUAUAUAUAUAUAUGUGUUGUACAUAUACUACUUGUUUUCUCUUUAGAAUGAAUGAAUAUGAAUGCUAGGGCUAGGGUUCGUAUUCAUCUUUUGUGAUCCAUAUGAUGAAAAUAUCAGAUUUUUCAGUC